AUGAAGCACGACGAUGACGAGGUGAAAAAUGGCCAGCAGAAACCCAACGGGGUCUCAGCGGAUGAGCAUAAUCCGGCUAAUAGUGACGGCUCUGCUCCGAGGGUCGAUACAAACCAUCAUAGCUUGGCAAAUGGGGAUACUCGUGAGAACCAAAGCGACGACCAACGCUUCACUGUACUCCCUGUCGUCAGCGUCCGUCACCAAAGCGACAACAGCGAGCAAUCGCCAGAAAGUGAUGCGGAGCCCAAGGGAGAAAAGACAUAUAGCUGUCACACUCUUCUCGAAAUUGUCGUGAAAAGUGUGUCGGACCAGAAACAGGAGAAAGACAAAGCUGAAGACACCGGCGGAACUACUAAGGCGCAAAAAGAGGAUGAAAGCUCAGAUAGCAGCGAUUCGGACACGAAGAAAAAACCAGGAAAGCCCCCUAGUCCUGGAGGUCCACCUAGCAAGUCUCUCAAACAAUCGCGUGCCUCAUGGAGAGCUAUGCAAUUCCCGGAUGAUUUUGAGAAGGUCUUUGACGACAGUUUCGACGGGGACUCAAAGCAGAAACAUGGAGAGAGUAACAAAAGUGUCGAUGAAGUAUCCUCAUGGGCAGAUUUCGUUGUUAGUGAAGUGAAGCCAGAAGAUGUUGAGGAUGAUUCACCCUCGAGACUAGAAUGGUUGAGACAGAAGAGAGAAGACAAAGAACAGAACCCAUAUCUUGACCAACUUAUGUCGUUGGUUGGUCUGGAGAAUGUGAAGGCUCAUUUCCUUGCGGUGAAGGCUAGGGUUAAAGAGAGCAAGGGAACUGACCCUGGAUUGUCGAAGUUGCGACUUCACUUAGUUCUCCAUGGAAAGGAUGGAACAGGCAAGAAGUCUAUCGCAAAACUUUACGCACAGUUUCUCCUUUUUAUAGGAGCUGUGAGUGGCCAGACAUUUUCCAGAACGUCGACCGCUCGUCCCAGUCCCCCUCGGUAUCUUCCUCCGCCGCCGCCGUUUCCAAACCUACUCAAGAAGCCAAAUGCACAGUCAAAUCCGGCCUCACGCAAGAAUCCGACGCCGACGGUCAUCUUUUAUGACAAUCUUAGUCUCAACGGUGCCUCUUCAGGCAACAAUUACUAUGACUACGACUCUUCCGACAGUGACAGUAGCUCUUCUUAUGAUUACCACAAUCAAACCAAUAACUCUGAUACGAUGCAGAUCCUCACAAAAACUGCGGCAAUGUCUGUUUUGAUCAUAUCCUCGCGGAGCAAGUCCCUUCUUGACUCUAUGGAGAGCAGCGAGAAAGCUCUGCAGGAGUUUCAGAGCCCAUUAACUCUCCCAGACUACAACGAGGAAGAGCUGAAGCAGCUCAUUGUGCGCAUGAUUCAGAAAAGGCGCUUGUCAGUCGAGGGCGGGUUCAUUAACAGCAGCCUGCGUGCCUUGGUAAGGCGAGUGGCCCAAGAGCGGGAUUCGGAAUCGUUCUCAAACGUUCAUCGACUGGAGGAAGAGCUGGACAAGGCAUGCAGAAGACGAGCUCUUCGACUGCAGCGGGGAUACUCCCAAUCUUUUGGGAAGGGGUCGAAUGGAGGUCCUCAAGCAGCACAACUAUUAGGCCGACAAACACACGAUGAAAGUGUGGUUGGCGACGAACGCAAACUCACCAGAUCAACCGAUGACCAUAAAAGCCUACUCACAUCAGAGGACCUCUUAGGUCCAGAGCCGAAAGACCUGAGAAACGACAAUGAGUCGUGGAAAAAGCUACAGGAUAUGAUUGGACUCGAGAAGAUCAAGAGCGAAUGCGGCGACAUCAUCGACUAUGCUCAGAUCAAUUACCGCCGUGAACUUCUCGGGAUGAAGCCGCUAAAGAUUGGUCUUAACAGGAUAUUUCUCGGGCCUCCCGGGGUAGGAAAGACAACCGUCGCGCAAUUAUACGGCCAGAUACUCAUCGAUCUAGGACUUGUUUCUGGAAAGAAAGUCAUAUUGCGAAACCCAUCUCACUUGAUCGGCGCCUACAUAGGACAUUCCGAAAGCAAGACAAAGAGCGUUCUAAGCAGCGCCAAAAAGAACGUACUGAUCAUUGAUGACGCACACAUGCUGUAUCCCGGAGCAAAGGGUGCCGGUCAUAAGACGGACGUCUUUCGCAUCGCCGUCCUUGACACCAUCGUCGCGAACGUGUCCGCGGACCCCGAGGACAGGUGCAUCAUACUUGUCGGGUACGACCAUGAGAUGGGCCAACUGUUCAACAACAGUAAUCCUGGACUUCAGCGACGGUUCCCCAUGGAGACUGCGUUACGCUUCGAUCCCUACAGCGAGGAUGAACUGUGCCGGAUUAUGGAUCUGAAAGCGGGCCAGUGUGGCCUCGAGAUGACACAGGACGCUACGGCGGUAUCUCGACAGGUUUUGAGCCGUAUGCGCAUCAACCCAAAGUUCGGAAACGCAGGAGACGUCGAGAACCUACUCAAUCAGGCAAAAGUCCGCAUGAACUCGCGAGUUAGAUCCGCAUACCACGGAACAGGGUCCGUACAAGUUUUGAUGGAACCUGGAGAUAUCGACCCACAUUGGGAUCGGGCGUCGCGAGCAGGCGAAAGUCGCGCUACGCUCUUUGAGAAUUUCGUCGGGUUCGACAAGGUUAUUAAAAAGUUUGAAGGUUACCAGCACCUGGCCGACGGCAUGCGGCUUUAUGACAUCGACCCGAGGCCUCACAUACCGUGGGCCUUCAUAUUCAAGGGUCCACCAGGUACUGGAAAGACCUCAACCGCCCGGAAAAUAGGGCGCUUAUACUACGACAUGGGCCUACUAUCCACAGACGAGGUGGUGACGUGCUCCGUCAGUGAUCUUGUCGGAGAGCAUAUGGGGGAAACGGGUCCCAAAGUUGUCAACACUCUCGAGACUGGUCUCGGAAAGGUCUUGUUUGUCGACGAAGCGUAUCGUUUGGCUGCAGUCAGCAUUGGCGCAAACGGUUCCAACUUCCACAUGGAGGCCGUCGGUGAGUUAGUCGACGCAAUGACCCAGCCACGUUAUAAAAACAACAUGGUCAUAAUCUUGGCCGGGUACACCGCCGAGAUGGAGUUUUUGUUACGGACCAAUCCUGGAUUGCGAAGCAGGUUCUCGGAACAGAUUGCAUUCCAGCCCAUGAAUCCACACGCAUGUCUUCAACAUCUCAAGAAUGAGGUCAAGAAGCUCAAGAUCAACGUAAUGGAAGCUAAAGGCCCGGCCGACGAGAGAUUGAGGACCGUCUAUCGUCUGUUUGAGAAGCUCGGGCGCACGAGGGGAUGGGCUAGCGGCCGUGACGUUGAGACCUUGGCCAAAACCGUCAUUGGCAACGUGUACAUGCAGCAGGGGAAAACGAAAAGAAAGAGCUCUACAAACUUUCUAGAAAUUACAGUAAACGAAAUUAUUGAGGCCCAAAAGGGGAUGCUGAGGGAACGGUUGGGACGAAAGGAUGACGAGGCAGAGGAAUAG